AUGGACAGCGAAAGCGAGGUGGAUUUUUCCAGCAACGGCGUCACCCCUUUGUGGCGGAGACGGUCCACCCCUCCUCUCCAGCUACUUGGCCGGAGCAAGCCUCGGCCACAGUCCUACCAGAGCCCCAGCGGACUGUUGAUAACCGACUUCCCGGUGGAGGAACUGGCGGCUCUGCCCGUGCCGCAGACUCCCUCCCGUGUGUCCGCCGCCCCGGACGGCAGGAUGGUUUCCAGGAGCCCCCAGCUUCUGUGCCCGCAUCGGAGGCCGGUGACCAAUGGUCGCUCGGUGUCCCCGGACUAUAGAGCUGCUUCUCCUCGACUUCGACGACCCAAGUCACCCCUAGUUCUUCACGCGGCGUCGGGCGGCUCCCCGAAGCCCUCCGCUAAUGGCACGGUGGCCUCGUCCGCGGCGCUGUUGGGCGCAUCUCGGACUCCCGACGCUCCUGACCCGGAGGAGGAUCGCACCGUCGUAACUGCCAGUAAGGUAUCUUCUCCCAUUGCCAAUGGCCUUGUCCCUAAAAACGACUCACCUGGCUCAGCUUCACUAACUGGUCAGACGGCUAGGGACUUGGAGCCCGGGUCCUCGAGACUCUCCCCUGCACCCCAGCACAGGUCUUCAGAACAAAAACUGCCGCUCCAAAGGUUGCCCUCCCAAGGGAAUGAGCUCCCGAACCCUUCCGUGGUUUUGAGUACCAACAGCCCCGCCGCCCUCAAGAUGGGAAAGCAACAGAUAAUCCCGAAAAGCCUUGCCUCGGAAAUUAAGCUGAGUAAAUCCAAUAGUCAAAAUGUAGAGCCCCACAGGAGGCUCCUCAAGGUGCGCAGCAUGGUGGAGGGACUGGGAGCACCCCUGGGCCACGAAGGGGAGGAAGGCGAAGUCGACAACGACUUGGACAGCCCGGGCUCUCUGCGGCGAGGCUUGCGGUCCACUUCUUACCGAAGGGCAGUGGUCAGCGGCUUUGACUUUGACAGCCCCACUAGCUCAAAGAAGAAGAACAGAAUGUCCCAGCCUGUUCUGAAGGCAGUGAUGGAAGACAAGGAGAAGUUCUCUAGCCUGGGAAGGAUAAAGAAAAAAAUGCUGAAAGGACAAGGUACAUUUGAUGGGGAAGAAAAUGCAGUGCUGUAUCAAAACUACAAAGAAAAGGCCCUAGAUAUCGACUCUGAUGAAGAGUCAGAGCCCAAAGAGCAGAAGCCAGAGGAAAAGAUUGUGAUUCACCAUAAGCCACUGAGAUCCACAUGGAGCCAGCUCUCUGCGGUGAAACGAAAUGGUCUGUCUCAAACAGUGAGCCAAGAGGAAAGAAAGAGACAAGAGGCCAUCUUUGAAGUCAUAUCCUCCGAGCAUUCUUACUUACUCAGCUUGGAGAUCUUGAUACGGAUGUUUAAAGAUUCGAAAGAACUGAGCGACACGAUGACUAAAACAGAGCGGCAUCACCUUUUCUCCAAUAUCACAGAUGUCUGUGAGGCCAGCAAAAAAUUCUUUACAGAGUUAGAGGCAAGACAUCAGAAUAACAUCCUCAUAGACGAUAUAAGUGACAUUGUAGAGAAGCACACGGCGUCCACAUUUGAUCCCUAUGUGAAAUACUGCACCAAUGAAGUUUACCAACAGAGAACACUGCAGAAGUUGUUAGCCACCAACCCCUCCUUUAAGGAAGUAUUGUCACGGAUUGAGUCUCAUGAAGACUGCAGGAACUUACCCAUGAUCUCUUUCCUCAUUCUCCCCAUGCAGAGAGUGACUCGCCUCCCCCUGCUGAUGGAUACUAUAUGUCAAAAAACACCUAAGGACUCUCCGAAGUAUGAAGUCUGCAAAAGGGCCUUGAAGGAAGUGAGCAAGUUGGUUCGACUGUGCAAUGAAGGAGCACGGAAGAUGGAAAGGACGGAGAUGAUGUACACGAUUAAUUCCCAGCUGGAAUUUAAAAUUAAGCCUUUUCCCCUCGUCUCCUCUUCCCGGUGGUUGGUGAAAAGAGGGGAGUUGACAGCCUACGUGGAAGACACGGUGCUGUUCUCAAAGAGGAUGUCCAGACAGCAAGUCUACUUCUUUCUCUUCAAUGAUGUGCUUAUUAUUACUAAGAAGAAGAGUGAGGAAAGUUACAACGUCAAUGAUUACUCCUUAAGGGAUCAGCUGUUGGUGGAAUCUUGUGACAAUGAGGAGCUUAAUUCUUCUCCAGGGAAGAACACUUCCACAAUGCUUUACUCAAGACAGAGCUCUGCCACUCACCUCUUCACUCUCACUGUCCUCAGCAACCAUGCCAAUGAGAAGGUGGACAUGCUGCUCGGGGCUGAGACCCAGAGUGAGCGAGCCCGCUGGAUCACAGCUCUGGGACACAGCAGUGGAAAGCAGCCACCAGAUCGAACUACACUGACCCAGGUGGAAAUCAUUAGAUCUUUUACUGCCAAGCAGCCAGAUGAACUCUCCCUACAGGUGGCAGAUGUGGUCCUCAUUUAUCAGCGUGUUGGUGACGGCUGGUAUGAAGGAGAACGACUUCGAGAUGGAGAAAGGGGCUGGUUUCCAAUGGAAUGUGCAAAAGAGAUAACAUGCCAAGCUACUAUUGAUAAGAAUGUGGAGAGGAUGGGACGUUUGUUAGGACUGGAAACCAAUGUGUGA